UUACCUCCGCAUUGAAAAUGCGGAAGGUUAUGUUUUGAUCGCCGUGCUUUUAUUUAUUUAUUUUUAUGCGUGUUACUCGCAUAACUCAAAAAGUAUUUAACCGAAUCGCAUGAAAUUUGGUGGGAUGAUUGGUUAUUAUCCGGGGGCCAUUUGAUUAGAUUUUGGGAUCCAUCGGGUCAAAGGUCAAGGUCAUGAAAAGGUCAAAAUCUUAUUUUUACCAUAGCACGGUCAAUUUUUUAUCCAAUUGGCAUGCAACUAAUGCCAAAAUGUUCAUAAUUCAAUGCCCAAUCUUGUGAUAUGCGAUAAUGUCAUAAUGACCACAAUAUCCGGUAUCAAGUUACAUAAAUUUACAGUUCCCCACACUCAUGCCAAGUACCAAAAAAGUGGCUGCGGCGAAGGUAUGAGUGCCCGUUCUAGUUUAUUUAUUUAUUUAUUUGUAUGCGUGUUACUCUCAUAACUCAAAAAGUAUUAAACCGAAUCGCAUGAAAUUUGGUGGGAUGAUUGGUUAUUAUCCGAGGGCCAUUUGAUUAGUUUUUGGGAUCGAUCGGGUCAAGGUCACAAAAAGGUCAAAAUCUUCUUUUUACCAUAGCACAGUACAUUUUUAUCCAAUUGGCAUGCAACUAAUGCCAAAAUGUUCAUAAUUCAAUGUCCAAUCUUGUGAUAUGCGAAGGUAUGCGCUCUACCGAGUGCCCGUUCUAGUUAUAUAUAUAUUCAGCCACUAUCAUGACCUGUAUGAACUCUAUUGGAAUCUAACUUCUUUUUUUUAAAGUGCAGCUGAAGGGGUGUUAGAAAGUUUAAAGAUGAAGUCAUGGAAUGCAGGGUGUCCGCGGGUCCUUAAAAAGUCUUAAAAAGUCUUAAAUUGCUUUUCCUAAAAAUAAGGCCUUAAAAAGUCUUAAGUCUUAAAUUCAGAUUGGAUUGGUCUUAAAUUUUUUGGGUGUCAUGUCAUUAGGAAUAUGAGGCAAUCUGUUCCGCCAGGUCCGUAUUUGGCUUCGGUCGCUCUGCGGUGUCUCUGGUGUCACCGGGGCCACGCCCCUUCUCUUAAAGGGGCCCCGCGUAUUCGGUCCCAUCCCCGACAACGUGAAGCAUCGACUACUUUAGAAAACAUGCAGGAUGCAAGUUCAACAACGGCUUGAAAAGAACGAGUGUUUCUGGUCACGGUGGGUGAAAUGCUUCUGAAGCUGCGUUAUGUGUCGCGAGACUUUCCAGCGGUGGAAUCUCACGUGCAGAGCAAGAAGCACAGAGACUAGCGAAGGCCGCCAGCAGCCUGCGGGGCUAGCUGCUGCUCUGCCGCUAGCUCCUGCUCCGCCGCCAGCAACGACGUCAACGCUACAACGCUGGAGGUCACCGGAGGAAAUCCAGCGCCUUGCAACAAAGAGCUCAUCACCGAAGACCAACAGGGCGGCGCGUUCUUCAUUCUGUUUGACGAGACUCUGGACCAGACCACCGCGAGCAGACAGCUGGACUUCAUGUGUGCUCUUGGUGAAAUGACCAGGUCCAGUCAGGAUCCUGUGGAGCUCAUGGGCCAUGACACCAGGACCUACUUCAGCACCUCAAAGAGAAUGGACCAAAUGUAAACUGGAAGUUUUUAUAUUAAUACAGUUUGAAAAGGAUUGUUUUCCUAGUAUAUUCACAAAAGCUCAGGAGUAGACAUGAACCUGUGCACAAACAUCCAUCACAUAGAGACAUGAGAACACACACACACACACACACAUACAUUCUAUUAUGUAAAUGUAUUUGCAUUUUAAAAGCAGCUGGAAUUGUUAUUUGUUAUUUUAUAGAUUUUUUUGUUCAAAAGGAACUAUGUUGCCUGUAUUUUUAAAAUAUAUUUACUUGAUAUAAGCAUUUGUUCAUGGGACUUAAAUGUUCUGAAAAUGUAUUAAUAAAUAUAAUUUACAACAGCAAUGACAUUUGUGUUAUCCUUUUGCAUUACACCAUACUGUUAAUUUUAAACAGACAUCAGUGUGUUUACUUUGAAUUAGUUUAUUUAGAUUAAUGUAUAUUUCCAUCGUAAGUUAGGUCUUAAAUUUUAUUUCGACGUGGUCUUAAAAAGUCUUAAAUUUCACUGGUUUAUUCCUGUAGACACCCUGGGAAUGUGACGUGGAUAACUUUAAAGCUGCAACAAUCAAGCGAGCUAGUUUUUUAAUAAACAAUUAACCCUCCUGUUACCUUCAAAUGUACUAACAUCUUUUACCCUUGGGGUCAAUUUGACCCCAGCAAUUAAAACCUCCAGACAAUUAUUUGAAUUAAUAUUGUUUCCCAAGUUUAAGUGUGAGGUACUUUAUGUUUGUUUGUUGACUACCUAAAUAGCCCUUUAAAUAAAUACAAAAAGUUGAUAUUUCUUAUAUGUUUUACAAGGUGAAAAACAGCCUGGGGUCAAAUUGACUCCAAAGAACACCGAUGCGUCCAAGUGUCCAGGACAUUGAAAACAUAUCAUCAUGUGAAUUUUGUGUUUUUCCAGUUGUCCCCAAUAAAUUAGGAAAACUCAUGAAAAAUGAAGCAAAAAACAUGUCAAUUGUUCUUUUAGAGAUGUUAAACAUUGAAUGGGGUCAAAUUGACCCCAAAGGUAACAGGAGGGUCAACAAUGUGGCAGGUUUGUUGUUUAGUGACACAAACACCGAUAAUUUACCUCUCAACUCUUCGAGGCCCCUUCAAUCUGUAGAGCAUUUUAUUUCUAUGUGCUAUGUUAUGGGUGACUGUGGGUCCGUCUUUCAAUCAGGGGGUUGGUGGUUCAAUCCCCGCCCUGGUCGAUGUGUCCUUGAGCAAGAUACUUAACCCUGAUUUGCUUUUUGUAGCUGUGUCUUCGGCGUAUGAAUAUAACGUGUAAGUCGCUUUGGAUAAAAGCUAAAUUACCUGUAAUGUUAUGCUAGCUGCUCGGCAACAAACGGCAUACAGACAAAGUUAUCAACACGCUGGUGAACGUAGAGGAACAUUUAGCAGCCACAGAACUGGAUUUCCCUCUGAGGUUUCUAGAAGGAGAGCGACUAUCGGACUUUUAUUUCUCAUGCUGCACGAAGCAUGACUCUAGUUGCAUGCUAACGUUGCUCUGCUGGGCUUCUCACUCAUGCUGCUCUAAACCAGCAACUACUUCGUUGGCCACUUGAGGGGCAGAAGGAAACAUCGGUCAACGCAGUAUUGACAUAUUAACAAGCGCCUUCGAAAAGGGCUUCAAAGCUUGAAGAAAUGUUUCCCCCUCCCCCAUCUUCUGCUCCAGAGAAAAGUCUCAAGCAGGAGAGCGUGCUGCAGGAAGAGAGCCGGAGUUCCCGGAGCGCUGAAGGCGGGCCGCCUCUUCACGAAGAGACGAGACCAGAGGCCCGCAGCGCCGCCACGUCGCCGCAGUCUCCAUGUGUCCAGGGUGUAAAGCUGAAUAUGAUGCUCAAGGAAGAAGUCCUUCGGAUCACACCAGAAACGAAUGAGCCCCAAGAGCGAUGGGGAGUCAAUUUGGAUGGAACGGAGGCGUCGGGUCUGCCGGGGCCCAGUAAACGUUUUGUUGACCAGAAGAUCCCAAAGAGUCAUUUGAACUGGGAAGCUGGCUACGCCCAGAGGCCAGAAUCAGGCCACGAUGGACACUCGGGUGACCCGUCCGAACCGCUCUUCCAGAGCAGGUACGGUAUGGAGGAAUUGGGCGGCUUUAGCAAAACUGGCUACGGAGACUCCAACAUGAUGGACAUGGGCAACUUGGACGGGUUACAAGGCUCGCCGUCCCAACUGGGCGAGGACCUGAACUACAUCGGGCACUACGAGGGAGACCUGGACGCACCGGAAGGCGUCGAGCAUCAGGUUUACCAAACGGGCGCCGCACCCAAUCGGGGGGGCGCGGUCGGUUCCGCUUCACCUGCCGGCUCUCCCGCGAGGACGAACAUCGACGUGCGGGGGGAGCUCAGCUGCUUAUUGAUCAACGAAGAAGGUUACCUGCAGGACCCCAGCAUCUUGUACCCUGAGCAUGUGUCCGGUGAUCCAGGCGGCAGGUUGAAUUUCAGGGGCCAGGGCGUUCGCGCGGACCCGCCUUUAAGCGCCACGGCGGACGUGUACAGACCGUCGGAUGCGUACAGCGACACCUCGAACCUGGGAGAGAGGCUGCAGCAUCCGGGAGGAGGGAGAGGAGGCAGGAGACACGCCUGCAACCAGUGCUCCACGUCUUUCCCCGAUUCCGCCUCGCUAAAAGCCCACAAGCUGACGCACAAAACCAGCGGGCAAGUGCCGCCGUACUCCUGCACCCAGUGCGGAAAGAGCUUCACGCAGGCCUGCAACCUCAAAGUCCACCAGAGGAUCCACGCGGGGCAGGGGCUGCACCUCUGCAGCCACUGCGGGAAAGGGUUCCCGACGUUCUCCGACCUGAAGGCGCACAAGUGCGGCCAGACGGGCGACAAGCCGUACUGCUGCAUCUUGUGCGGCAACAAGUUCAGCCGCCUCUGGAACCUGAAGCUGCACCGGAGGAUCCACACGCAGGAGAAACCGCACCGCUGCAACAUGUGCGACAAGAGCUUCACGCGGGCGGACAUCCUGAAGGUUCACCAGCGCACGCACACGGGGGAGAGACCGUACUGCUGCACCGUCUGCGGCCUCAGCUUCAAGCGGCUGGAUCACCUGAAAUCACAUCAACGGAAACACAUGACGGAUCUAUGAGGAGGGUUCUUUUUUUGGGGUGGAAAGAACAUCAGAAAGGCUGAUAAAUGCUACUUUUAAAAUCCCAAAACAAAUAUUUUUCUUUUUUAUCUUCUCCAAUUCCAAGCCCUUUGUUUUUAUUAUUAUGGAAAACACUUUUGAAAGAUAUAUAGGACAAAGAUGCAAUACGUCUUUAUUUGUACACAUGUAUUGCUGCAUAUUUUGCACAACAUUGUCCUUGUGAUAUAAUUUCAAAUUCAAUUAAAAAAUAUAUCUGUUAA